AUGGUUCUUGCGGGAAUCAAGAAGUCCACCGGACUAACUGUGAGCGUUGAAGAUAUCGCGAGGGAGCACAGCUCCAGAUCGUUGUUGUCGCAGUAUCUAGCGAUCGGGGAGUCGUGUUUCAAUUAUGCGGUCUCGUGGUCGAGACAGUCGCGCUUGUUUAGACCAAAAGAUAUUCAAAACUUUGACGAUCUGAAAGACGCUGUCAGACACGGGGUUAACAAUAUGAUUGAUGAGAGCAAAAGAUAG